ACGAGAGGGAUUAAUAAUACUUGUAUUAACACUUGAGAUACUUUUGUGAAGAAAAUGGGAGAGCCAAGCAAUCCAAUGUCAGUGCAGAGCAAUUGCAGAGAAAGUCUUGCAGCAAUUUGCAAUUACUUAGCGUCAGGAGUGUGACAAAUAUGGCUGCUUUUUCCUGAACCUUGCAGUCCUUCACUUGCAAUUGCUACAAGAAAGAGUUGAGCAUGUCACAAAGUUACAGUUGGUUAAGAAUUGGCAUGACUGAAGCAGAGUGUUUCUUGGAAAGGACAUGCUGGGGUCGGCUGUUACUUGUCUCUGCCCCAGCACGGGAAAAGGUGGUUCUGGGCAGGCCGCACUCUCGAAGAAGGAGUCUGGACUCUCGCUUUUCGGUCUUCAGUUGAGUUUAUUGUUCCUUAUCUACAAAGUUUUUCUGUCUGUCCAGCCGAGGUCUGAUCAGCAAGACAGCUAAAGGCACUCUCUCCCGCCCACGGGGCGGUUGUCUCUUUUAUAGUGAAAACUACGUAUUAGAUAUUUACCUUUAAUUUCCAAUCCUUUCUGCCCUUGUUGGCAAGUGCACUUUCUCUAUGAACCAAUCCACACAUGCCAACAUCAUCCUGAACGUGGAUGCCAAGGGAAGAAAGAAGAAGGACAGGGCACGCCCAAAUUCCUCCAUCUUGGGACUCCUGAUCCAUGCACAGAAUUCUUGACUCCCCUGUACAACACAUAAAACCCCCAUGUACAGUGCAUUAUAACUCAAGUUUUAUCAAGUGAAUAUCAUCCCCUCACCAUUCAGGCCUGAAAUUCUCUCAUUUCCUCACAUUCAGGUGUCAUUUCUUUAGAAGGAUCAAAGUCAAGCCACCAGGUACUUUUGGCAACAUUCCAGGGCUUCCGAGCCGCCCAAGGGUUGUCUCGGUAGCUCUGGACAUCCGGAGUGAUGUACUGAGUUCCCACAAGGACACGCACAUGUUCUUAGCAUAAGCAGAGGGGAGCCUGGUGUGAAGAAACCACCAAAGACCCAGAGAUGAACUGAAUUAAAAAAUGUUGUGUAAGGAACAGCCUAGAGAGGAGACAAUUUUGAGCUUGCAGUGUUGGUGUGCUCAGGCUGUGGCCACUUGGAGACUUGGAUGGACUGAAUCUCCUGUAAAGGAGAAAUGCACAGCCUUGUGACCAGGAUUGUGCUGAGCAUCACCCAUUACCUGUUCCAAACCUCUAUUCCAAACUAAAAGGACCUACAAGACCUCAAGUAUUGUCUCUCCCUCAAACUGUAAGAGCUGUAGCAUCCAUCAAUUUUCUGUGAAAGCCCAACACAUCCUCUUUGGUAAGGUGGGAGGUGGAGACACAGCACUGUGAUUUACUCACAUAUUACCCAGAUGUGUCUGCAGAUAUGCAGGUAAAUUUGGAGCUUUGGCACGCCCAGGAAAGUACCUACAGUGAUCUUUGAUCCAGCAGAACUGUGCUGCCUCCAAGAGGAAAGGCCCUAUGGGAGAUGCUGUGGGAGCUGAUCUCUCUCCCACCUGUUGGUGAACCUGAGGCCGUGGUGAGCAGAAGGCUCUGACCUGGAGGGCAGAUGGAAAUCCUCUCUUUUGUGAGAAGAAUUGUGUGCCUGGAGUCUGCUGAGGAAAUAGCAGAGCACAGAUUCCUCCCAAAGGUUGUUGACUGGAACCACAGCAGUUGCUUCGUGAUAACGCAGUGCCAGGCACCAGAGGAGAGCAGAAAUACUCUGUGGUCUGCAAGAGUCAGAACAUUGGAGCAAGACAGGAAGGAAGUUGGAUCAUCCGAACAUAUGCCACUAAACUGGCCAAGAUGUGUGCAGCUUGGGUAGAAGAGAUUACAGGAACAGAUUUGAAUAAUUCAUCUGCAAGAUCAAUUAUUGAAUCUGCUGUGUUUUCAGUGCAUCAACUUCUGGAGGCAUGAGAGCAUUUAAGCGGAAGGAAGACCACUCUGUGGAGAGGAGCUUGGAGCAGACAGAAAAUCAGCUUUCUCUUUUAAAGCACAAGCACAGCAGACAGUGCUCUCACCCCAAGGAGUACAUUACUUAUUUUUGUACUCUCCUCGGUGUGAAAAGAGACCUGGACAACCUGUGCAGGUUUGGAAGCAAUGGCCCCACUGGUAUCCUGGGAGAAGGAUGCAUUGGAAAUGAAGGAUUGAGGGCAUGAGCAGUGCAGGAGUGCCCUCUUUCUGCAGCAGCUAUGUUACACCGAAUGUGGCAGCUCUGUGGGAAGUGGUGCCGUUGGUCCAGCCCUUUCAUCCAUCUCCUCACCCUGACUGUGGUGACUUUUGGUGUGCUGGCACCUUUGAUCUGCCACCGGCUCCUGCACUCUUACUUCUACCUGCGGCGCUGGCACCUGAAUCCCAUGAGCCGGGAGUUCCUGGAGCAGAACCAGCAGGAGGGCCAGGAUGCUCUCCAUUACUUUGAGAAGAUGCAGAUGCCAAAUGCCUCCGAGGCCUCUGGCAGUGAUGCCUUCCAGCCCUUGCUGCUGAUCACCAUUAUCACUGUGCAGAGGCAGAAUGAUUUCCACUAUGUCUUGCAAGUGGCCUCCCACUUCCACCGUCUUCUCCAGAAAUGUGGGGCGCAUUGCCAGAACCACCGCAUGCUCCUCUGUAAUGUGGAGUCAGACCCCAGCAGCCAUCAGGAUGUCAGGCUGCUGAGCAGUCUCUUUCCUAUAGUCAGUCGUGACAGAACUGGAGAGAAUCCUGAUCCCAGCCUGAACCAGUUUGAGAAGGAGAAGCAGGACUACGUCUUCUGCCUGGAGCAGUCACUGUUGGUGUACAACCCAGAGUACAUCCUCCUUGUGGAAGAUGAUGCUGUGCCAGAGGAGGAGAUAUUUUCUGUCUUGCAGCACCUCUUCUCGGCCCGGUUCUCCAAGCCCUACCUCAGAGACGCUCUCUACUUCAAACUGUACCAUCCCGAGAGGCUCCAGCGCUACUUCAACCCCGAGCCCAUGAGGAUCCUGGAGUGGCUGGGCCUGGGCAUGUUCCUGGGGCCGGUGCUGAGCUGUGUGUACUGCCGGGCCGCAGGGCGGGCGGGCCCCAGCUGGUGCCUGGUGGCUUUCUUCGCCCUGUACAGCAUGGCCCUGUCCGAGCUGGUGGGGCGGCACUACGGGCUGGAGCUGCGCCGCUUGCACCCCGCGCUCUACAACGUGGUGCCGGCCAGCGAGUGCUGCACGCCUGCCAUGCUCUUCCCUGCUGCCUCUGCCCGCCGGGCCUCAGGAUACUUGCGGGGGCUGGGCUGCCGCAGGGGCUUCGCCAAGGACACCGCCCUCUACUCGCUGCUGCAGGGCAAGGGCGAGAAUGCCUUCGUGGUGGAGCCCAACCUGGUGCGGCACGUGGGGAUGUACUCCAGCCUCCGACUGAACAGUGACCCGAAACUGCUGUGAGCUGCUCCUGCCUUGCUGCACAAAAACACCCAGGGCACUCGCCAUGGGGCAGAGGGACAGUGUACAAACUUGGAUUCUGUGCUGCCCGCACUGGGCAGCCCAUGUCUCCAUGUGGGCAAAGAAUAACUCUCUCUAAAAGUACAAGUUUUCUUUAAAAAUCAGCUUUUGUUCACAGAGACCCUAUUUAAUACGAACUUGGAACUAAUCACCAUGCACCACCUGGGAGGGAACUGGAGGAUUCCAGAUCACUCUCCUUAGUCAUUCCCAAAGAAAACCUCUCACACCAACACGCACAGCUUUCCUGCCUACUGCCCUGGACAAUGGUUACAAAAAUCCUUACAUUAGGGCAGCAGAAAUGUUGGACAGUGAAUGUUUCAAAUUUAAGCUAAUGAGGAGGGGAGGCCUUAUUUCCCCAUCCUUACUAAGGUCUCAUCUCUGACCUGUCUCUGUUCUGCUGUGGUUUUGAGUAGACCCUUCAAAAGCAGAAGUGGUUUGCAGGAACUUUCCCACAGAUUCUGCCUAGAUGCUUCAAAGUUUUGAAGUCUCUUUUGAAACUGUCUCCAUAUCUGCAUCUGCACCAUUCCCACUUCUUUUGCUUUGACCAGAGGCUCUUAAAAACAAAGCCUCUGCUGCUUCAUUAAAAGUCACCUCUGAGAGUAGGGAUAGGACAAAAGAAUCACAGCCACUGGUGUUGCACAGAUGGGUCACAAAUGCACAUUUUCAUUGAUAUAUGACACACAUUGUACACAAUGACUGCUGUGCUGGUUGGGAUCAUCACUCGUACUGGAUCCAUCAAAAGAGGUCUUGUCAGCCAUUGAGUGAAUUUAGACAUUCAACGUGAAUUUACCUUGACUUUCCUUCAGCACAGAGGCAAAGGAAAGAUUAGAUCAGGUGCUGUUGUUGUGCAGGAUCCUUGCUCAUUCUGGAGCUGUAAUUCACAGCUCAGCUGGAGUGGUUCAUUCACUGCUC